AUGGAUUCUCCAACUGAUAUCCGCCUGAAAGCGUACCGUCUGAUUGCCUACUCGGCAGUUGGUUUCUCAAUCACCGCAGCUGUCUCAUUGUGUUUGGUCCUUCCACUGAUCUUUUCUUAUGUCCAAAACACUAAGACUCAAUUGCAUAGAGAGUCUCUCUACUGCAAGAGCUCAGUACAAGACAUGUGGUCGGAGAUCAACAAUGUUCACGAAAUUACAUUGAACAGAACGGCAAGACAGGCUGGAUACUCAUCUGGAGGUGGAGCUGACGCUGGAGCUGCUGCUGGAGGUGGAUGUUCCGGAUGCUGCAACCCUGGACCACCAGGAGUUGCAGGAAACCCAGGAAAGCCUGGUAAACCAGGAAAGCCCGGAGCCCCAGGAUCACCAGGAGCACCAGGAAAGGGAGCCGCCGUUCCAUGCGAAGCAAAGAAUCCACCACCAUGCCAACCAUGCCCAGCCGGACCACCCGGACCACCAGGACCAGAUGGACCAGCCGGAGAAGCCGGACCAGCAGGAGAGGCCGGAGCACCAGCAGCCCCAUCACCACCAGGACCUCCAGGACCACCAGGACCACCAGGAAACCCAGGAGCCGAUGGAGGAGCCGGAACACCAGGACCAGACGGAGCAGGUGGAGAGAGCACCUAUCCAGAGCCAGCCGGACCAGGACCAGCCGGACCACCAGGACCACCUGGACCACCAGGACCAGACGGAGCAAGCCCAACUGCCGCACCAGGAGAGGCCGGACCAAAGGGACCACCAGGAUCAGCCGGAGCUCCAGGAGCCGAUGGAAACCCAGGACCACCAGGACCAGCUGGAAAGGCCGGAAGCGAAGGAGAGAAGGGAAUCUGCCCCAAGUACUGCGCCAUCGACGGAGGAAUCUUCUUCGAGGACGGAACUCGACGCUAA